AGCAAAUUUCUUUUAUCUUCCAGAGUUAGUUUCCAUAUCCAGAGGAGCUUGUAUCUAAAUUGGGGUUUAGGGUUUUCUAAAUUGAGAAAAGUUUCGUUAACGAUGAAGGCUGCGAUGAAUCCGCAGCUACUUGAGGAUGAUGAUGACGACGGCUGUGGAAGUGACGAUUUGAUGGAUGAUGAUGUCUGCGUAACGGAGCAAAUUGGCGUAGAGGGUGUUUCAACGAGAACCAGUGAGCUCACUCUCUCUUUUGAAGGAGAGGUCUAUGUCUUCCCUGCUGUCACGCCUCACAAGGUGCAAACUGUUCUCUUGCUAUUGGGAGGGCCUACUGCUGUUCCUACACUUGAACUUCCAUUUGAGAAUAGCAGGGGUGUGGGUAAUAAUCCUAGGCGAUCAAAUCUGUCAAGACGACUAGCUUCUCUAGUUAGGUUCCGUGAGAAGCGUAAGGAACGAUCUUUUGACAAGAAGAUAAGAUAUAAUGUGCGAAAAGAAAUUGCCCAGAGGAUGCACCGUAAGAAUGGACAGUUUGCAUCCGUUAGAGAAGGUUCAGGUGGUUCGAACUGGGAAUCUACCCAGAGUGGCCUUCAAGAUGGUACAUUGCGCUCUGAAACUGCGUGAGUUGUGGAUUUAACAAUUUCCAAGUUUAUCUAGAACAAGGAUUUUAUGUUACUCGCCGAUAGGUUACUCCUUUCUCUCUGCCCUCCCAUUUGUCUCGCUUGAUGGUUGCUGUUUUUUUUUCAGUGCACACAAUAUAAACACCAUUGAUACUGAUGUGAUCAGCAUUUAACAGGUUUAUUAAUCAAAUUUGGCGUAUUUCCCAAAAGAAGAAAUCUUGUAUACCCAU